UGAAGCUACAGGUCUUAACGAUCCGUAACUUUAAUUUCUAAGCUAAGGCGAUAUGAAAUGAAAAUACAAUCUUUCAGCUCGUCAAAGUGAUGAUAUACAGUAUGAACAGGACAUCAAAGAAAAUCUUCUGCAUUAUUGAAAAAAAAAAAAAACCGAUAUAAAAGACAAAAAAACUGAAUAUGCGAUCCGUGGUCAUUUAUUUCGAAUACAUUUAGAUAAAGAAAAUUGUGAGUGCGGUGGUGACAAAGAAUCUGAUAUCAGCGAUGCAGACAAUUCGUAUCUAGCAAAAAUUGGCAAAGUUAUUUAUCGGCUUUAUGAACCAAAUGACGCCUUCUCCGAUGUAUCCGAUACGACUAUUAUUCUCGAAGCUCUCAAGAAAUCGUUUGGUAUAACAACGAAUCUGUCAAAAUAUGGAUGCGGUACAUCGAGUAAGCGUAAAUGAAACAAUUUAUACGUUGAAUAAACUUCGCCAUGUACAAUAGCUAGUUGUUUUUUUUUUUUUCUUAUAUAUUUAAUUCAUCUGAAAAGCUUCGAACGCUACGGCCAAACGAAAAAUAAGCAAGUCGACAAGUUCCUCACAAAAUAAUGUUAUAGCCUCAUUUAAAAGUCGGAGGAACAUUUCAUGUCACUCGCUAAUGCAGCUCUCUCAGACAUCAUCUUCCGAAGGAAUUCCUCGUGCAGAUAAGGACAUCGUCAAACCGUUUCCAAAAAGAAAUAAAUACAAGCUCGCAAGUUCACCACAGCUGAGCAAUGAUAUGGAAAUUUGCUAAGCUACAUUUACAUAAUAAAAUAAACGUUAGUUUUCACGCGAAGAGUUUAUAUAACUCGAAUAAUCAUACAGUGUGUCCUCAUAAUGAAUUUUUUAUUUUUUACUUUUGGGAUUUGAUAACAUGUAGACUUUGAAUGGAAUGGCAUAUGCAAUUAUGUAGAGAAUCUCUUGUCUAUUGUUACUUACUCACCUGUCUAUUUCAUUUAGUUUUGGGUUCUAACCAUCAAGCUAGAGAUUUGAUAUGAAUAUCAUUUUUCGAAAAUAACUUAGUGCUUAUAUUUUAAUACCUUAUUUAAAAUUGACCGUAGUAAAUUGACCGUUGUAAAAUCGCAAUUAUGAUCGGAGACAUGGAUGACUUCAAUUUUUACCUAAAAUUUGCCAAACCUUUGGUGCUUAACCUACCGGAUGCAAAAGACCGGAUAAUCGCUGCACUAUGGGUAAAAAAGCUACGGGAAAUGCAAUCCGACGGACCAGAAGCAGACCUACGCAUUGAAUACUUAAAACUGCUUCUAUUCGUGAUGCAGCGUAAUAAACUUACUGGAAUAUUCGAAAAACAACCCCCUGAAGGAGCCCUACCGAGUUUCCCUCCAAAUUACAAGGUCUUCAGGCAACGGACAUGCUUUCGCUAGUAAAGCCUGAUAAAUCAUCGCCUCCAGUUUACCCCCCAGUGUUCACAUCGGUUGGAGGUGACCUUUGUCAGUUCGUAGCAGUUCAAGAGAUACCGAAUUUUGGACUCCACGGUUACUAUGCAAUUUCAAUUGAACCAUUGCCAAAAUGGUCGCACGCCAGCACGAAUGCCGCGAGAAAAGGGUCGAUGAAACCUCAACAUUUUGCGGAUUGCUUCAAGGAUAGCUGUAAAUUUGCCGAUCCUAAUCGCUGCCCAAAAAAAUCCGACGAUCAAACUCCAGAAACGACUUCUCAACCGAAGGCGGACGAAAACGGAGACGACAGAAACGAACCGAAUGACUGCGAAAAAUUACCUCCAGGGAAGUCUACUCAAUGUAUUCCACUGCCGCCAAUCCCAUACCGGACCUACAGGAAAGAAAUCGCAGGUUUUGAGUCCAGACCAACAUGGGGUAGGAGCCGUUAUAUCGAAAGGCUCAUCGAUGAAUCCCCGCAUCUCGUUGCUGACCUUGAUGUUUCUCAGGCGGAUGCAAUGUUGCACGGAAUACGUGGGAAAACUUUUAAAAAAGCAGAGGAUUAUGGUCCCUGUGCAAUAUCUGAAAGCAGACGUCACGUUGAGAGAAUGUUGGACCUUCCACCGUGUGCUGUUGAUCCAGGAGAGGUGAAGCCACCUCGUGGUCCAUUUUACACGUGUUGUCCGAAGAGACAACAAUUCAUAGAAACGCACACUGAUAUUUGCCACAAUGAACGUGAUUUUUACCCCUGCGGGAAAAGGUCUGGGUUGUCUCUCCGUGGAGGAAGUGACAGUGGAAGCUGUUGCGAUCCUCAAAAUCUGAAUAAUAGAUCUCGAACAUCCAGCGAUAGCAGAAACACCGACAUGAGUUUCCGCCAGUAUCGUCCGGAAUUCUCGUCAUUUGAUCCAAGGAAUCACAUUAGUCGUAACGGUCCCAUUUUCGAUGAUACAGAUGACACUCUGGAUGUUGACACUUCUAUACACGACGCUACGACAACAUCAAAAUAUAUAGACCCAAAUAAAUCGGGCAACUUCAAGUGGCUCGAAGAUAUGGAACACGUUACUUUUUCGGAUCCUACUGAAAUGUCUUUCGAAAAUUUAAAUUCCAGAGCCAGAGCGAUGCCAGCGUUCUCGGAUGUAAUGACAAAUGAUACCGAGGCAUGUUCAGAAUUUGACUACGAACCACUAAUUGACGAGGAACUUCAUCCUGAACAGUUGAUGCCUCAAGUCGCCAGGCGAAUGCGUUCGUCUAAUAUACAGCCGAACUUGCGAAGAUGUCCAUCACCGUCGCCACAGCCACCAUCUUGUUUUGCCAAAGAUAGUUCUUACCGUGCAGGAAAUAGCGGGGAACGAGGUAUGCAGAGGUCCAGACACGAUAAUGAAGACGCUGAACCGUCUGUAGCUGUUAUACGACGAAGAUUUGAAAAAUCUCGUGAAGCGACAAGUCGCAGUCCAGAAGUACACGAGAAAACCCGUCGGUGGAAGGAAAUUAUCGACCACACGCAACCACACAGAGAACGGUCUCAAUGCUCCAAAGUUGCUCAGAGAAUGCAGUCGGCAGGCAUCGAUCCAGGCUAUUUGGAUUACAUCGAAUCUCUGAAAUCAGAUCCUAACUAUAAUUGUUAUGAAGAAUAUGAUGACGAAGAUCUGGAGCCGCCAUGUUAUCCAAGUCGAAGCCCUAGACAGGUUCCAGACGAGGAAGCAGCCAGAUAUACAAAGAAAUUAAUUAGCCCACCAAAGCAACCUCCUUCGUCAGGCAGAGUCAUCGUACCGUAUUCUAAGCAGAAUCGUAAAAGAGAUAAUUCACAAGCUCAAAACAUGGAAUACCGACCAAAUUCACCUGCAGCAGAAGAAGUUACCACUGACGUCACUGAUGUGACCAAUGAACGGAAGUGAAAAUAAGAUUCACCAGGCGUCUGUGAUAACUACAUAAAUCUCCCAACAACCCAAAGACAUCAAUUGUGUAAUUGAAUUAAUCUAGUUAAUUCUGGAACUCUUAGUUGAAUAUUGAUUUCUAUAUACGACGCAAAAAUAGAUAAUGCAAUUUUUGUGGUUUAGGUAUCAUUUCUAUACAGAAUUCAUUCGUAAAGUCAUUCGUAUAUUUAUUCCUAUACAAACAAAUUCCACAUGAUUGUAUAAUCAAACGCAAAUUGCAUAAACUGGGAUUAAAAAUUUACGAUAAAUUAUAAUCCUAAAACAAAUAUAAGACAUAAGUUAUUCAUUUGUAUAAA